CUAAAAGGAAGUGCUAGCACGUCUUUUUAAACAUUGUUUACAAGAGACAAAUCAGUAAAGCGGUUUCUUUGCCGGGAUGAAGUUAGUUGGAGUGACUCUGAUGUUUUUUGCAAUUACAGAUUUAAGAUCAGAGAUGUAUAAUGUUGCGGGACCUGCAGAACCUGUCUUUACUUUCACGGGUGAAGAUGUGAUACUGCCCUGCUCCAUCAAGCCCAACACCAGUGCUGUAAACAUGAGAGUGGAAUGGUUUAGACUUGACCUUCAGGACUCAAUCGUGCAUCUCUAUGAAGAUCGAGAGAGCAAAAUCACUAAGCAGAACCAAAACUACAGAGGGAGAACGGCACUGUUUCACGAAGAACUACAGAAUGGAAACGCCUCACUUAAACUCUCAUCGGUCCGAGUCUCCGAUGAAGGCGUUUACAAGUGUUUUAUUGAGUCCAGCUCCUGGUAUGAUGACAUCACUGUUAGCGUUGAUGUCAGAGCUCCUCCUCUGAUCAUCGUAGAGGAGUUCGAUCAUUCAGGAGCGCUUCGUCUGCUGUGUGAAUGUGAAGGUUGGAAACCUAAACCUGAGCUUCAGUGGCUGGACAGUAAAGGAGAGAAUAUGACUUCGGAUACUGAAGAGACAUAUAAUGAUGUGAAGGGCUACGCGUUGAAACACAGGAUCACUGUACAUGGCAGUGAGACCAAGUAUCAGUGUAGAGUCAAACUGGGGAAUCAUAUGUUGCAAAGUGACAUUGUCGUCUCAAGUAAAAUAUUUCACAUUUGGAGAGCAUCAGUCAUUUGGAUGUGGAUUACAGUUGUCGUCAGCAUCAUUACUGCAGCUGCAGUGGGUACAUAUAUUUACACAAAAAGAGUUCGCUAUUUGAGGGGGGUUCAAAAAGAGUUUGCAAAGAGAAGGAAAUACACAGCGGAUGUGACACUAGAUCCAGAUACAGCUCAUAAGUAUCUCAUCUUGUCUGAAGAUGGAAAACAAGUGAGACGCGGGGAAAAUCUGAAUGUCCCGGACAAUCCAGAGAGGUUUAAUAAAUGUGGGAACGUCCUGGGAAAGCAGGGAUUCUCCUCUGGAAGGUUUUAUUUCGAGGUGCAGGUGAAGGGGAAGACUGAUUGGGAUAUAGGAGUGGCUAGAAAAUCCAUUACCAGAAAGGGGAAGAUCACUCUGAAUCCUCAGAAUGGUUACUGGACAGUGCGGUUGAGAAAUGGGAACCAGUAUAGUGCCUGUGCUGGACCCAGUGUCUCUCUCUCACUGAAAGACAAGCCCCAGACGGUGGGUGUGUUUGUGGAUUAUGAGGAAGGCUUGGUCUCUUUUUAUGAUGUGGAGUCCAGGUUUCAUAUCUACUCCUUCACCGAUCAGUGGUUCACUGAGGAUCUAUAUCCGAUCUUAAACCCCUGUACAAACAUGAAAAACAAAUACUCUGCCCCACUGAUCAUCUCAUCUGUUCGUUUCAAGAAGUGAGUGAAAAACAAAUUGUAUUGUAAUGCAUUUAUCAAAAGCAUUGCAUAUAAGGUAUACAUUUUAUAAGGUAAACGUGAAUUUACUACAACCUUUGCAAAGAAAAGAUGUAUAUGCAUUGUCUAGAAAUAUUUUUAAUCAUUUUAUUUUCAGCAAUUGCAGGCAUCUUGUUUGCAACACUGCCUCUCAAAUGAUGCAACUCUUUAUAAGUAUGUAGUGUGAAUAAAAUUCACUGUGAUGUUUUUAAUGUAAGUAUAUGUAUCUAUUAAUGUAUAAAGUAUAUCUGUUGUGAAAAUGCUGUGGAAUUUUUUAAUGUCAGAAAGAGCUCAUUUGGUACUGGACAGUAUUUUAUGUUUGUGAAAGAAACUUGCAUAAAGAGUUAGAGAAAAUUCCCCACAUUUAACCUGCUUGCGUCUCAGAAAGUGACUGUGAGAAUUUGUUUGACUUUUAGCUAAAG